ACAUGAAACGACUAACAUUUAAGAAGGUUGACCAGUCGCCAGAAGGACGGACGAUCUGGAGUCCAUCUCAGCCUGAGCUCCUGGGAUCCUGUCACCAUGGAGACUGAAAGUGAGCAGAACUCCAACUCCACCAGUGGGAGCUCCAGUUCUGGAGGAAGCACCCGGCCUCAGAUCUCUCAGAUGUCACUCUAUGAGCGACAGGCAGUACAGGCCCUGCAGGCACUCCAGAGACAGCCCAAUGCAGCCCAGUACUUCCAUCAGUUUAUGCUCCAGCAGCAGUUUAACAGUGCCCAACUUCACAGCCUGGCUGCUGUCCAGCAGGCUACAAUUGCAGCCAGUAGACAGGCCAGCUCCCCCAACACUAGCACCUCGCAACAGACCACUACCACCCAGGCUUCUUUGCAUGCUAACAGUGAUUCUCAAGCUCAGCAUACAAAUGAGAUCAACCUUGCCACCACCUCAGCUGCUCAGCUGAUCAGUCGGUCCCAGAGCGUGAGCUCCCCGAGCGCCACAACACUGACGCAGUCUGUGCUCCUCGGGAACACCACCUCACCGCCUCUCAACCAGUCACAGGCACAGAUGUACCUUCGGCCACAGCUGGGGAACCUGCUGCAGGUGAACCGGACCUUGGGCCGCAACGUGCCUCUCGCCUCCCAGCUCAUCCUGAUGCCCAAUGGGGCUGUGGCUGCUGUCCAGCAGGAAGUACCACCCACUCAGUCUCCUGGGGUCCACGCAGACACAGACCAGGUGCAGAACUUGGCUGUGAGGAGCCAGCAGACCUCUGCCACUAACGCCCAGCUCCAGGGCUCUGCUCAGAAGACAGCCCUGCCAGGAAGCUCCCAGGCUUCGGGCCUGCCGCAGGCCACCAGCACCAUGGCAGUGGCCCAGCCCUCCUCCAGCGGGGCAGGCCAGUCCCUCAACCUGAGCCAGGGAGCAGCAGGCAGCAAUGGCGUCUCCGGGGCUGUGGUGGCCGGUGGUGGGAGCCAGCCCUCGAUGGGACUGAGCCAGAGCUCCUCCGCAGGUGCCACUGGCAGCUGCCAGAGGAAAGGCACCGGGGUGGUUCAGCCAUUGCCGGUGGCGGCUGCCCAGGCCGUGACUGUCAGCCAGGGGAGCCAGACAGAGACGGAGAACGCAGCUGCAAAGAAGGGUGACACAGACAGUGGUGGACAGCAAACAGUGGGCAUGAACCUCACCAGGACCGCUACACCAGCGCCCAGCCAGACGCUGAUCAGCUCAGCAACAUAUACGCAGAUCCAGCCACACUCACUGAUCCAACAGCAGCAGCAGAUCCAUCUGCAGAAGCAGGUGGUGAUCCAGCAGCAGAUAGCCAUACAUCACCAGCAGCAGUUCCAGCACCGCCAAUCCCAGCUCCUCCACACAGCCACCCAUCUCCAACUGGCUCAACAGCAGCAACAGCAGCAAGCAGCAUCUCUGACCCAGCAGCAGCAGCAAGCCCAGCCUCCACAGCAGCAGGCUCCCUCUCAAAGCCAGCAGCAGGCACAGACCCUUGUGGUGCAACCUAUGUUGCAGUCUCAGCCACAGCAUUUGCAGCUCCAGCAGGACAGUCCGUGCCAGGCAGCCACCAAGUCACCUAUUCCUAUCCAGUCAAAAUCUCUGGUCACCCCUAUCAAACCCCCUCAGCUUGGGCCUGCCAAAAUGUCAGCAGCACAGCAGCCUCCGCCACACAUCCCAGUGCAGGUAGUAGGCACUCGGCAGCAGAGCUCUGGCCAAGCCCAGGCUUUGGGCUUGGCUCAGAUUGCUGCAGCAGUGCCGACGUCACGGGGAAUGCCAGCUGUAGUCCAGCCUGUUUCCCAAACCCAUGCUGCUUCCCCAUCGUCAUCUUCAGCUCCGGCAUCCUCACAGGAAGCUCCCCCUCUCACCACAGGGGUGAAUUUGGCACAAGUUCAAGGCACAGCCCACAUGGUGAAGAGCCCAGCUUCCUCUCCAGUUGUGGCUCAGAUGCCAGCAGCAUUCUACAUGCAGUCUGUCCAGUUGCCAGGCAAAUCACAGGCCUUGGCAGUAAAGCGCAAGGCAGAGUCAGAGGAAGAGAAGGAGGAGCCAGCCAGUGUCACUGCACUCCUGCCUGCCAGGUCCUCUCCUGUAACAGACAGCCCCAAAAACAUGGAGGAGAAGAGUGGUCUUGGAGAUAAUUCUGAUACUGCUGCCAUUGCAACCACAAAUGCCACAUCAAGUGAAGGAGUCUCAGCCACCCCCACCUCUGCUUCCACCCCAAACCUGGCAUUGGUGUCACGUCAGAUGGGAGACUCCAAACCUCCUCAAGCCAUCGUCAAGCCCCAGAUCCUCACACACAUCAUUGAAGGCUUUGUCAUCCAGGAAGGAGCAGAGCCCUUUCCAGUGGGUUGUUCUCAGCUGCUGAAAGAAUCUGAGAAACAACUGCAGGGAGAGGCUCCUUCUGGUCAGAAUGAAAACCUGUCCAGCAAUUCUCUAGGAGAGGAUAGUGCUUCCAUGGAACUUGACAAGAAGGCAAACUUGUUGAAGUGUGAAUAUUGUGGGAAGUAUGCCCCAGCAAGCCAGUUCCGUGGCUCCAAGAGGUUUUGUUCCAUGACCUGUGCUAAAAGGUACAAUGUCAGCUGCAGCCAUCAGUUCCGGAUGCAGAGAAAGAAGAUGAAGGAACUCCAGGAAGCCAACUACGCCCGUGUGCGCCGACGGGGACCACGGCGCAGCAGCUCCGAAAGCGCUCGAACAAAGAUCCAGGGCAAGCGCCACAGGGGCCAGGAAGACUCAAGUCGAGGUUCUGAUAACUCCAGCUAUGAUGAAGCUUUGUCCCCUACAUCUCCAGGACCCCUGUCAGUAAGAGCCAGUCAUGGAGAGAGGGAUCUGACAAACUCUAAUAUGGCCCCCCCCACCCCAGAUCUACAUGGCAUCAACCCAGUCUUCCUGUCCAGCAAUGCUAGUCGUUGGAGUGUGGAGGAGGUUUAUGAGUUCAUUGCAUCAUUGCAAGGGUGCCAAGAAUUUGCUGAGCAAUUUCGGUCACAGGAAAUUGAUGGUCAGGCCAUGUUGCUUCUGAAGGAGGAACAUCUCAUGAGUGCUAUGAACAUGAAGCUGGGACCAGCUCUCAAGAUCUGUGCCAAGAUCAAUGUCCUCAAGGAGACCUAAGAACUCUGAAGCCAGAGGUCUCACUUUUACUCUGACCUCAGGGCAGCUGCCAGUUUUGGAGUGUCCUGCUGGGGCGGGGAAGAAUGGGACAGUCCCCUAUUGUCUUGCAUUCAAGAAGAAUGAGAAGGAAUUUAACUGAUUGAAACUGCCAUGCACAAGCCCAUCUCUUGGUCUCUUAAUGGUGCUACAAAGUUGAGGAAAACUGCCACCUGGGGCCUUUAAACAACUUUCCUUCUUCCUGAUUUUGAAUAUGCCUCCCCUGUAUACACCACAUAAAGAUGUUAAGGGGAUCUCUUUCUGUCUUAAAACACUUCUGCCCUCAACCCUUGCUUUGAAUGUCAUUGCCAGAACUCAAGGCAUAGGAAGAGCUGGCCCCACAUGGACAUUGGGAACACCUGUCCUUGGGGCUUUUGUGAAGGGGAACAAAUUGCAGUUGACAGAGGUGACAGACAAGAAUUUGAGCAAAAGGGGCUGCUGCUUUUCCACUUUUAAAAAUACCAAGGCUGCUCAUGAACUGGGUUUAAUAGCCAUUCCAGCAUGUACCAAACUUGAAGGCCUGUGGCAAUAGGAGCUGUUUUGUCUUCUCUGCAUGUCUACAGGAGACAGUAAAGCUAAAGUGUUGUGGCA